AUGACAUUUGCAUCGACAAAAGGCUCUACCUCGGCCGACGGCAGGGACUGCUGGCACGAAGUUGAGGCUGAGUCAAUCGAGAUCUCGGACUCAACAUGUUAUACCUGCCCCCCGCACAGCAGAGCACAGCUGAUACCGAGUGACAUGAGUAAACAAAAAGCGAACCAAAGCUGUAAACUCAAGCAGUCCGAGCCGAAAGCCCCAGACACCUUGGGCAGUAAAGGCGAGACGCCAGUAUCCACGAUAUCAGACCUUUGUUCCACAAUAUUUGCCGUCAACUUUGAUAACAAACAACGAGCACUCCUUGGCUGCAUCGCGGAUAAGAGAUACCGGCAUCAUAUGUACCAUGUCCGGAGCAUUGCCGACGACCUAAAAUCACAUUCACAAUCCCUUGAGGACCUCAUAGCAACUUCGUCAACAUUUCCACAACCUCCGCUGCAAUGUAAAUACAUAUUCAGUCGCCGUGAUCGACUAAUUCUCGCCGUGAACCUUGCAUGCAGUGUCCUGCAGUUCCAUGGCAACUGGCUGCGCAAAUAUUGGAGAGCAAGGGACAUCAUGUUCAUGAAAGGGAUAUUCGACCCAUCCGACCACCCCUAUGUUGUGUGUGACAUCGCGGGCGAGCCGAGUAUGGACAACCAGCAUUCAUCACCGCUCAUACGGAGCGAAGUUCUGUUCCCGCUAGGGCUGAUUCUCGUCGAACUUUCGCUGUGCCGGAACCUUGAAUCAUUGCGUACACCGGAAGACGCCGAUCCUCUGGAGACAGUGGCAAAUCUCAAAACUGCUGCUCGAUAUCUACCAGUUGUGGAAAUGGAGAGUGGGCUGAGGUACGGUCAAGUGGUAAAAUGGUGUCUCUUUGGCGCAGAUGCGGUAGAUUCGAGCUUGGAAGACGAAAUUAUGCAGGAGACAGUAUUUGAAAAUGUAGUUGCCCGGCUGGUUGAGAACCUAUGGGACUUUUCAGGACCCCAGCUGAGGCAGGUGAAACUGACUGGAUAA